AUGUCAUUCCUCUCCAACGCUGGCAACACCGUCACGAACGCCGGAUCCUCAGUUGGUAAAGGCGUUGGCGAUGCGGGCUCGGCCGUCGGCAAGGGCGUCGGCGAUGCUGGCUCAACCGUCGGGAAGGGUGUCGGCGAUGCAGGGAAAGGCGGCGUUGGUGCCGUUGGCGAUGGCGUCCAAGGCGUAGGAAAGGGCGUCUCUGAUGGCGGCAAUGCUGCUUUCAAGGGCAUUUCGGACGGCGGAAACGCUGCCUUCAAGGGUGUUACUGAUGCUGGUACGGCUGUUGGUGGCGGUAUUGGUGAUGCCGGCUCGAAGGGCUACAAGGUUGCGACGGCCGCUGUUGGUUCUGGCUUCGAGAACGGCUUCCAGCUUGCCGCGAACAUCUCCAAGACCGGCCUCGACCUUCAGAAGAAUGUAGUAGGCAGUGUCGGUGCUAUUGGCGGGACUGCUAUCGAUGGCGUCGUCACAGCCGUGACGAUGACCACAGGCGCAGUGUUCGAUCCUAUCUCCAAUACGCUCAAGUCUAUAGAAGGUCUUGAGGGAUUGGGGGAGGGAUUAGACAAGAUCAACGGUCUUUCUACUGUCGCCCUUCGAGCCGUUGCCGACACUACGAAGAAAGCCAUCAAACUCGGCACACGGCCUCCAACGCUCUUCGAUCCUGACGCGGAUGGUGUAGUCAACUUCGAUGACACGCAGAAAGGCUUUGUACUUCUCGGUCUUCCGGAGAAGCAGGCUCGUAUCGCGGCUUACGCGCUGCACACAACUUUCACAUACUCUACGGCGGACUCGUGGCUCUCGCUCCCUGGCAAGCAGAUGUUGGUGCAGAUUGACAACAUCCAUAAGACGCGCUGGGGCCGCAAUUGGGGCUCUUACGAGCGCGUUGAUUGGGUCAGCGACACAGACGUCGAGACUUUCUUCGGUAUGCGCGAACGCGAAACGUAUGCGGAGUACUGGAAGGACAUCAAAUCCUACUAUGGAACCGCCCUCCUGAUUUUCGAGUGGGGAACGACAUGGCCCUUCGCCGUACCAAACCUCGGCAGCCUUGAUCUCUCCAGUCCUGUUGUCAGUCAAUUGGGCACCAUCAUGCGGACGGUCAUUCUGCCUACCAUCGCGAAAUCGCACCAGCACGCGCGCGAGGUUGCUCAAGAGGAAGGCAAGGAGGUCGAGACGAAGAGCCGGAUGCCGUCCCCGCCGCCUCAAGGGAAGGAGUCGGAUUCGUCGAAGACAGCGUGA